AUGGCCGUCAUCUGGGGGCUGGAUCUCAAAGAGAUCCAAUGGAGCAAAUUCAAGAGCUCGUACAUGUUCACGCGCGAAUACCACCUGCGACGCACGAAGAUGAUCGUUUACCAGCUCGCGAUGAUUCUGUGUGUCUGCUCCGAAUCAACAGGGACGGCGGCGUUGUCGGACUACGUCGACCAGCAAACCGAGAUCGAAAGCCAACACCCCGGGAUAUACGUCUGGAACAACGACUUCAUCGGCGCCGCGUCGUAUAACAUCUUCUGCGGGGUAGCGGUGGCCUUUAUCUUCGGUGGCGCGUUCUUCUUCGACCUGUUCUGGCCGGAGCGGCACGAGAGCAGAUCGGUCCGGUUGGCGUGGAAGAUCUGCGCGGUGGUCGUGUCGGUUAUGAUGCUUAGUUCGGCGUUGACGAUGACGAUUAUCACCGCGAUGCACAGCGCGCGCAUCGAUGGGACGGAUGCGCAGACGGCCCGGACGUUUUGGGAGGAGGUCGAGAAGAAGCCGGCUUUGAAAUAUCGAACCAACCCCAAGGCCCUCGCGUCGGUGGUGCUCUCCUGGCCGGGAUUUCUCUUUACGGUGGCGAGCACCGUCAUCCUCUUCAUGUCGCAACGUCACGACGACCAAUACGGACCCAAGUCCGGCUACGGUCGAGAGCUGGAGGAGGGCGCCGCGCACGAUCGUGCCGCCGCGAUCGGGGAAAAGCCCGAGGGCAGCGAAUAAGCCCGCCGCCAGGAGCCUAUCUAUGCCCUCAACACUGUAACUGUACACUAUUGUAUGCGAUGAUAUUCACCGGUUAUGAUGUACAAAGGGAGGAAGACCAUAAAUAAUGUCUUUGGUUCACGCGGCGCAUUUUUUGACGACCUUUUUAUGACAUGUCAAUAGAGGAUAGAUCUGGUCUGGGAAUGGAAUUAUUUUGGAU